AGCUGACAUCUCGAUCGCUCACCAAAAGCGGAAGUACUGGUCAGCUGACAGCUUCGUGAUUCAGAGAAGAAACAAAGUCCAGUCAUUGCAUGUUUUUGCUGUUUUAUGUUGUAGAAUUGAAUAAUGGCUGGGCGAGGUAAAUUAAUUGCCGUCAUUGGUGAUGAAGAUACGUGUACUGGGUUCCUACUCGGUGGCAUUGGCGAGCUGAAUAAAAAUCGUAAACCGAAUUUCUUGGUGGUCGAGAAGGAGACAAGCAUCGCAGAGAUAGAGGAGACCUUCAAGUAAAUUAUAGCUAGCUAUGUACCUAAUUUUGAGAUGGAAGAUAAAUAGCUAAACGCUUGUUUGCACACAGGGUGAAGACAGUUGAUGCUCCAUUAUGUUUGUAAUUGCAUUGGUGAUGUCAGGUGGUAUCUAGUUACCACCUGACAUCGAAAAUUCUCUGUGCUACACCAAACAGUAACUAACCUGUAACUCCCAGUAUAAUGGAUACCAUUUUGGGGCGGUUAAAUGACAUUAUUUGGUGUUACAAUCUGUAGGUAGGUGGUAUCGUGAUAUCUGUAUUCCAUUAGGCCUAGUUAUGUGAUUUGAUUAAUCAUAACACCUUGAAAUACUACUACUGUCUCAUUCAAUCCAUAUACGUUACUGCUGGGCAACAUACCUUGUUGUUUGGUGUUUACAGGCCAGCACUGUAAUGUUCAGUCGUAGUCUCUCUAACUUACAAACUUCUGUCAUGCCCCCCCCCCCCCCCCCCCCCCCAGGAGUUUCCUGACCCGCAAUGACAUCGGAAUCAUCCUGAUCAACCAGUUCAUAGCAGAGAUGAUCCGUCACGCCAUCGACCAGCACAUGGAGUCCAUCCCUGCAGUGCUGGAGAUCCCCUCCAAGGAGCACCCGUACGACGCCUCCAAGGACUCCAUCCUACGCAGGGCUAAGGGCAUGUUCUCCGCUGAGGACUUCCGAUAAACACACAACACGUACCCAAAGAUGCAUAGCCAUGGUCUGGGCAGGGACAGAGAUGGAGGAGGGGGACUUUGGAGACUUUCAUGAUCCUAAAUGUGUUAUCUUGCGUAAUGCCAUGGAAGGCUGUAAAGUAUGAAUUGGCCUGAUGGCAGUUUCAUGUGUUAUCCAUAUUGAAUGAGUCCAUAUGUGGUCCCUACAGUCCCACUGUCAUCUCUUGCCAGGGUCCUGCUCCAUCCAUCUGGCAAUGCACUUUCUCCAGACCCAAUGUUGAAUUGUUUGUUGUAAUAUUUAGUUUUUCAUUCCUUUGCCUGGAACAUUAUGGUAUUACUAUUAAUUGACCACAUUGAUGGUUGGAUUGUUUUAUUGUCUAUGCCUUUCCGGGUUAUUCAUCUUGUAUUAGAUUUUACGCAGGUACUGUAUCUUGUAGUGGUCUCAUCCAGUCUGUUUUUCAAAUGCUUGCUUCAUUUUGUCAUAUCCUUGGGGAGAGUGUGCUUGCAUAAGACAUCUCAGCAAAUAAUAGUGGAUAGUCAUUAUUCAGAGCAUGCAUGUGACAAUGACUGUGUUUUAACUUCACAUUUGUAAUUUAUGGAAACAUGCCCUAUGCCCCUAUGUGUAUCUUAAAAUUUUUUUGUAAAGUAGCAUUUCAUCAUCUGGUGAAAUGUACCCUGUGGAUUGGAGAAUAAUAUUGUACAUCUCAUUAACAGAAAAUCCACACAGAAAAAUCCACAGCUUGAAAAAACGGCAUGUUGAGCACUGCAAAAUGACUACCUGUCGUAAUGUUUUGCGAUUGUGACAGUUUUAACUUAUACCUGUAAAAAAAAGAAAUGAAUGUUUAAGAAAAUAAAUUAUUCUAUCCAACCUG